UGGUGCCUUACAGUGCUGGUGGGUGACGGUCAAGUGCCCCAUCAUUGGUGUCAGUGUGAGAGGAAUAGUGCCCCAUCAUUGGUGUCAGUGGGAGGAAUAGUGCCCCAUCAUUGGUGUCAGUGGGAGGAAGAGUGCCCCAUCAUUGGUGUCAGUGGGAGGAAUAGUGCCCCAUCGUUGGUGUCAGUGGGAGGAAGAGUGCCCCAUCAUUGGUGUCAGUGGGAGGAAGAGUGCCCCAUCAUUGGUAUCAAUGGGAGGAAGAGUGCCCCAUCAUUGGUGUCAGUGUGGGAGGAAGAGUGCCCCAUCAUUGGUAUCAAUGGGAGGAAGAGUGCCCCAUCAUUGGUGUCAGUGUGGGAGGAAGAGUGCCCCAUCAUUGGUGUCAGUGGGAGGAAUAGUGCUCAUUCAUUGGUGUCAGUGGGAGGAACAGUGCCCCAUCGUUGGUGCCAGUGGGAGGAAGAGUGCCCCAUCAUUGGUAUCAAUGGGAGGAAGAGUGCCCCAUCAUUGGUAUCAAUGUGAGGAAGAGUGCUCCAUCAUUGGUGUCAGUGGGAGGAAGAGUGCCCCAUUGUUGGUGUCAGUGUGAGGAAGAG